AUGAAUACCAUCAAUAGUGCAGAGUGGAGGAUCAGGAUGGCUGAUGGUUCGUUCGAAAAUUUGGCACCAGAAUCAAGCCUAGUCACAAGAAUGUAUCUUUCAUUCGAACGAUUCUUGAAAAAUUUGAUCUUGAUAGUCAGGAGAUUCUUGGAGAAAUCAUGGAACAUAGGAAAGAAUGAACCAAGAAAGGUGAUCCAUUGUCUUAAAGUUGGAAUAGCUCUAAGCGUUGUAUCGUUGUUUUAUUAUAUGAGACCUUUGUAUAAUGGUGUUGGAGGAACUGCAAUGUGGGCUGUUAUGACUGUUGUUGUGGUUUUUGAGUACACUGUGGGUGCAACACUAUACAAAUGCUUAAACAGAGCUACUGGUACUUUUUGUGCUGGAUUUCUUGCUAUAGGGAUCCAUUGGAUUGCUAAUCAAUCAGGCAAAAGAUUUGAGCCUAUAAUUAUGGGAGUUUCUAUUUUCAUAUUAGCCUCAGCAGCAACUUUCACAAGGUUCAUUCCUGCAGUAAAAGCACGGUUUGAUUAUGGCACUAUGAUCUUCAUCCUGACUUUCACAUUGGUUUCAAUAUCUGGAUAUCGCAUUGCAAAUUUGUUGAACAUGGCUCACGAGAGAGUAUCAACGAUCAUCAUCGGUGCUUCCUUGUGUGUUAUUACAAGCAUUCUCAUAUUUCCCAUAUGGGCUGGUGAAGAGCUCCAUAAACUUGUCAUUAGUAACUUGGAAAAGCUAGCAGAGUCCUUAGAUUGUUGUGUAGCUGAAUUUUUUAGUGACAGUGAAGACACAACAACAAAUACUAAGAAAAUGCUAGCUUUCAAGUGUGUGUUGAAUUCAAAGGCCUCUGAAGAGACAAUGAUCCUCCAAAGGUAG